AUGCUGCGGCUGGUGUCGCUGAAGUUGGGGCGGCUGUACCGCUACGUGAAGCUGGCGGUGCUGGGCAGCCUGGCGGCGGCGCUGGUGCUGAACACGCACUCGCUGCUGGCCUCGCUGCAGCGCAACGAGCUGUCGGAGCGGCGCUUCCUGCAGCUCAAUAAGUGCCCGGCCUGCUGGGGCACCAGCUGGUGCCGCAAGUUCCUCAACGGGCAGCUGCGGCUGGAGAGCUGGGGCCGCCUGCGCCUGCUCGACUUUCUCAAUGUCAAGAACGUCUACUUCGCGCGCUACGGCGAGCCCCGCGAGGGCAGCCGUCGCGUUGUGCUCAAGCGCCUGGGCUCGGCGCAGGAGCUCGCCGACAUCGACACCAAGAUCUGCCGCCGCGCCACCGGCAGGGGCCGCUGCGACCUGCUGCAGGCCCUGCACGCCACCGAGUUCGCCAGCAUCAACGGCGACGUGCGGCUGCUCACCCCCGACGUGGUGGAGGGCUGGUCGGACCUGGUGCACUGCCCCUCGCAGCGCCUGCUCGACCGCCUGGUCCGCCGCUACGCCGAGACCAAGGACUCGGGCAGCUUCCUGCUCCGCAACCUCAAGGACUCGGAGCGCAUGCAGCUGCUCAUCACGCUGGCCUUCAACCCGGAGCCGCUGGUGCUGCAGAGUUUUCCAUCUGAUGAGGGCUGGCCAUUUGCAAAGUACCUGGGAGCAUGUGGAAGAAUGGUGGCCGUCAACUAUGUUGGAGAAGAAUUGUGGAGUUACUUCAAUGCACCAUGGGAAAAACGAGUGGACCUAGCCUGGCAGUUAAUGGAAAUAGCAGAACAACUGACAAACAAUGACUUUGAAUUUGCACUCUACCUCCUUGAUGUCAGCUUUGACAACUUUGCAGUUGGUCCUAGAGAUGGGAAGGUUAUCAUUGUAGAUGCAGAAAAUGUUCUGGUGGCAGACAAAAGGUUAAUCAAACAGAAUAAACCUGAAAACUGGGAUGUAUGGUACGAGAGCAAGUUUGAUGACUGUGAUAAAGAAGCUUGCUUGUCCUUCUCGAAAGAGAUUCUUUGUGCUCGUGCCACUGUGGACCACAAUUACUAUGCUAUUUGUCAGAACCUUUUAUCAAGACAUGCCACCUGGCGUGGCACCUCUGGAGGACUACUUCAUGACCCUCCAGCUGAAAUUGCCAAAGAUGGCCGACUUGAGGCCUUGCUGGAUGAGUGUGCCAACCCAAAGAAGCGAUAUGGUAGAUUCCAAGCUGCAAAAGAACUACGUGAAUACCUUGCACAAUUAAGUAAUAAUGUGAGGUAG